AUGACAGCCUUCCUCGACGUGGUUUCGGAUGGCUUUGCCAUAGAGGAUUAUAUAGAGGGGCAACGCGCGUUGGACUUGCGCACGCCAUGGGAUAAAACGCCGAAAGAAAUCGAGAUGGACCACGAAUCACAGAUGGAGAGACAUAUUGGAAGCGAGCCAUUGAUCCCAACUCAAGGCACUGAGCUUGCUCAGUAUCUAGGACCACAAAAGGAUCAACUGGCUUCUAGCCAGUGCGAACAUUCGAUGUUCCAAAGAGUCCCUGAUGAGAUCCUCUUGAUGAUCGUCUCCAACAUAUCAGACCCAAGCGACAAACCAUCCCUCUUCGCCUUCUACGCCCUGCGUCAGAUGGUUACAGAAACAGACAUACGAUGCCAAUCUGUCCACCGGCUGGUCACCAUUGCUUCGAGUAUAAGUCAGUUGGAGAAGCGAAGAUCAUGGCAGGGGCAGUGCGGAUCAAGGGAAGAUGGGAGGCUGGAGGAUUUGGAGACUUCAUUAGGAUCUCCACGAGUCUUUGCCACAAACUAUAGCGGAUAUGGGAUUAUGUUGCAUAUUCUAUGGCAAGGGCAUUCGGGUAGCGAUCCAUCUAUCCUCCACCAAAGUGGCUAUUUGCAUCGACACAAACUCAACGAGUCACUCAAAAAGAUCCGGCAGAAAGGGGGACGUCAUCUACUACCACAAAGUGGCACCAAUACUCUCCCUGAAUGGAAUGCAAUCUCCGAGAUCGACCGCUCUGAAGUUGUAUCAACAGAGGAAGAUCUUAUCAAGCUUCGUGGUGGCUGGGGCUAUAUGAAUCGCGAACGCCGACACGAUUUGACUCAUCUCGGCCCUGAGAGGAUAGCAUGCGGUCACUGCAAGAACGACAAGAGCUGCAUUGUCGUCAAUUACCAUAGCAAGAUACGCUUUACGGAUGGGGGUUUUCACGGGCCGCCUCACGAAUGGUUCCAUGCCAUUGACAGGAAGUCAUAUGUCUACAAUGGAACUGUUGGCGUGCCUGAGACCUGCCAUGAUGACGGAUGUCGCAACUACUAUAAGGGCAAAGAUGACCAGGUUGAUCAGUGGUCACAAAUGGUCAAUUGGUUCUGCGAAAUUGGCGACAAUCAUUCUGGGGACAGGAGCUGUACGUUCGCGGACAAACCGAAGCAGCCUUAUGAGGACGGUAGACCGGCUUUUACGCCAUGGGAUCUUUAUAAGGUUAAGGGGUCGGAAGAAGCUCUAGCCCCAAGUGCAUCCCCCAUCUGCUUUUAUUUGAAUAGGUUAACGACGGGGAUACUUGGGUCCUUUGAUCGGGAACAUUGGCGAACUGGAAGGGCUCAGUUCUCAGCCGAUUGA